UUUUUUUUUGGUGAAUUCGGAUAUUGAAAUAUGGAGCGCGGAAUGUGGAAUCUGGCGAGAUUUGUGGCGUCGAGACUGAGCCGAUCGAGACGUUGCUUCUCAUCGAUGAUUCCUUGUCCUUGUAUUAUUCACAAGCGUGGAGCUGAUAUUCUUCAUGAUCCUUGGAUCAACAAGGACACUGGCUUUCCUUUGACUGAAAAGAAUAGACUGGGGCUUCGUGGUCUCCUUCCGCCACGCGUGAUAUCAUUUGAGCAGCAAUAUGCUCGUUUUAUUGAAUCAUAUCGCACCUUGGAGAAAAAUACACAGAACGAAUCGGAUACUAGCGUUGUUGCAUUAGCGAAAUGGAGGAUUUUGAACAGAUUGCAUGACAGGAAUGAAACACUGUACUUCCGAGUUCUUAUUGACAACAUCAAAGAUUUUGCUCCGAUAAUUUACACCCCAACUGUAGGACUAGUAUGCCAAAAUUAUUCUGGAUUAUUCAGACGCCCACGAGGAAUGUAUUUCAGUGCAAAGGAUAAAGGAGAGAUGAUGUCUAUGAUAUAUAAUUGGCCUGCUCAAAGGGUUGAUAUGAUAGUCUUGACUGAUGGCAGUAGAAUUCUUGGUCUUGGUGACCUUGGAGUUCAUGGGAUUGGAAUACCAAUCGGAAAACUUGAUAUGUAUGUUGCAGCUGCCGGUCUCAACCCACAGAGAAUACUCCCGGUUAUGCUAGAUGUUGGUACUAACAAUCUAAAGCUAAUUGACGACCCACUUUAUUUAGGACUAAGACAACCUAGGUUAGAAGGGGAAGAAUAUCUAUCAAUUAUUGAUGAGUUCAUUGAAGCAGUUUUAACACGUUGGCCUAAGGCUAUUAUACAGUUUGAGGAUUUUCAAAUGAAGUGGGCCUUUGAAACUCUGAAACGCUAUAGGAGAAGGUUUUGCAUGUUUAAUGAUGACGUACAGGGAACUGCUGGAGUUGCACUUGCUGGAUUGUUAGGAACUGUAAGAGCACAAGGUCGGCCUUUGGAUCACUUUCCAAACCAAAAGAUUGUUGUGGUGGGAGCUGGAAGUGCAGGGCUUGGUGUUCUUACCAUGGCCGUGCAAGCUGUUGCAAAGAUGACAGGAAAAGCAGAAACAGCUUCCCAGAACUUUUUCCUACUUGAUAAAGAUGGUCUCAUCACUAAAGGAAGGAAGAAUCUUGAUCCGACAGCGGUACCAUUUGCUAAAGAUCCUGGACAGAUAGGGGAACUUAAAGAUGGCGACUCUCUACUUGAAGUGGUAAAGAAGGUCAAACCUGAUGUGCUUCUUGGUUUGUCUGGAGUUGGCGGUGUGUUCGGUGAAGAGGUGCUCAAGGCUAUGCGUGAAUCUGGUUCAAGUAGACCUGCUAUAUUUGCUAUGUCAAAUCCCACAAUGAAUGCUGAAUGCACUGCUACUGAAGCUUUUAAGUAUGCCGGAGAAAACAUGAUCUUUGCCAGUGGAAGUCCUUUUGAAGAUGUCAAGCUCGGUAAGGGCAAAGUGGGUUAUGUAAAUCAAGCAAAUAACAUGUACCUGUUCCCAGGGAUUGGCUUGGGAGCUUUGGUCUCUGGUGCUCGUUUUAUAACCGAUGGAAUGUUGCAAGCUGCUGCUGAACGCCUUGCAUCUUAUAUGACCGACGAAGAAAUCCAAAAGGGCAUAUUGUUUCCAUCUGUCAAUAGUAUUCGAGAUAUCACAGCUGAGGUUGGAGCAGUUGUCGUCCGAGCUGCUGUUGAAGAGGAAGUGGCUGAAGGGUAUUUACAAGUGGGUCCUAGAGAUCUGGCCAGCAUGUCAGAAGAGGAGACGGUGAAAUACGUACGUUCCCAUAUGUGGUACCCUAAUUACAGCCCACUUGUUCAACAGAAGUAGUCUCUCUUUCCCUCACACAAUUUUGAUUUGAAUUUGGGUCAAUUUCUU